UGCCGGGCGGCCGCAGUCUCAGCUCUGGGCAUCUGGGGAGCCCAAGCGGCUUCGCCCAGGCAUCCGCGCGGGCGCCUGCGGUCUGUCCCACCUCCUCUGCUAUCGCACCCUUGAAGUUUUGCAGCACCAGGAAAAGAGGGCAAGGAAGAAGGAGAGGGGAAGCGAAAGCAUACCCUAAAACAUUUACUUAAAGGAGAAAAGAAAGGGGGUCGCAGAAAUGGCUGGGGCAAUUAUAGAAAACAUGAGUACCAAGAAGCUCUGCAUUGUUGGAGGGAUUCUUCUGGUUUUCCAAAUCGUUGCCUUUCUGGUGGGAGGCUUGAUCGGAGGCUAAAGCAGAAGGAUCACUGUUACUUGGGGAGUGACUUCAAGGCCAGCUUCAACAACUUAGUGGGACCCUGUCUCAACUCCAGCACCCACCACAGCAGUACCCUACACGGCAAUAAAAUGUGUGGAUGUCCGUAAGAGCCACCAUAAAACAAGAUGGCUGGUGCCUUGGGGAUCGAACAAGUGUGACAAGAUCCGUGACAUCGAGGAAGCAAUUCCAAGGGAAAUUGAAGCAAAUGACAUUGUGUUUUCUGUACACAUUCCGCUCCCUUCUAUGGAGAUGAGCCCAUGGUUCCAGUUUAUGCUGUUUAUCCUGCAGCUAGACAUUGCUUUCAAACUGAACAACCAAAUCAGAGAAAAUGCAGAAAUUUCCAUGGAUGUUUCCCUGGGUUACCGUGAUGAUAUGUUUUCUGAAUGGACUGAAAUGGCUCAUGAAAGAGUACCACGUAAACUCAAAUGUACUUUUACAUCCCCCAAGACCCCAGAGCACGAAGGUCGUUAUUAUAAUUGUGAUGUCCUUCCUUUCAUGGAAAUUGGGUCAGUGGCUCAUAAGUAUUACCUUCUAAAUAUCCGGCUACCUGUAAAUGAGAAAAAGAAAAUCAAUGUUGGAAUUGGGGAGAUAAAGGACAUUCGGUUGGUGGGAAUCCACCAAAAUGGAGGUUUCACUAAGGUAUGGUUUGCUAUGAAGACCUUCCUUACACCCAGCAUCUUCAUCAUUAUGGUAUGGUAUUGGAGGAGGAUCACCAUGAUGUCCCGACCUCCAGUGCUUCUGGAAAAAGUCAUCUUUGCCCUUGGGAUUUCCAUGACCUUUAUCAAUAUCCCUGUGGAAUGGUUUUCUAUUGGAUUUGACUGGACCUGGAUGCUGUUAUUUGGUGACAUCCGACAGGGAAUCUUCUAUGCAAUGCUUCUUUCUUUCUGGAUCAUCUUCUGUGGCGAGCACAUGAUGGAUCAACAUGAGCGGAAUCACAUUGCAGGGUACUGGAAGCAAGUUGGACCAAUUGCUGUUGGCUCCUUCUGCCUCUUCAUAUUUGACAUGUGUGAAAGAGGAGUACAACUCACAAAUCCUUUCUACAGUAUCUGGACUACAGAUGUUGGAACAGAACUGGCUAUGGCUUUCAUCAUUGUGGCAGGUAUCUGCCUCUGCCUCUAUUUCCUGUUUCUGUGCUUCAUGGUAUUUCAGGUAUUUAGAAACAUCAGUGGGAAGCAGUCUAGCCUUCCAGCCAUGAGCAAAGUCCGGAGGCUGCACUAUGAGGGUCUGAUUUUCAGGUUCAAGUUCCUCAUGCUUAUCACCUUGGCUUGUGCUGCCAUGACUGUUAUCUUCUUCAUCGUUAGUCAGGUGUCAGAAGGCCAUUGGAAAUGGGGCGGUGUCACAGUUCAAGUGAGCAGUGCUUUCUUCACUGGAAUCUAUGGGAUGUGGAACCUGUAUGUCUUUGCUUUGAUGUUCUUGUAUGCACCAUCCCAUAAGAACUAUGGGGAAGACCAGUCUAAUGGUGACCUGGGUGUCCACAGCGGGGAAGAACUGCAGCUUACUACUACUAUCACCCAUGUAGAUGGACCAACUGAGAUCUACAAGUUGACCCGUAAAGAAGCACAGGAAUAGGAGGCUAUGGUAUGGCACUGGGCUGGAAUUGUCUCUCUAUCCAGCCUCUUCCCCUGGAGUAGAGAUCCUACUAUACAGAGCUCAGUGGAAAGUGGAUGCCUAGUGCUUCUUAGGUAUAGUUUAUUAGAACAACAGAAAGACAUUUGUCAGAUGACCUCCAAUGGUGGCUCUUGCAAAACUUCUGCCACUACUAUAUAGCACAUGUUAACAAAAACUGAUAUGACACAUUUUUCUGUGAUCAUUGUUAAUUAGUGACAUAGCAGCAUCUGUAGCAGGUGGGUUAGUAACCCUCACAUAGAGGGGUAUACUCCUUGGGAUGGUUUGGGCCAAUAGGGGCUAUAUUGAGUAGUUUAUGAUUUUUUUUCUGCUUUAGAUUCUGGGAUAUGUUUAAACAUUCUUUGCAGUCCAACAUUUGCUGAUGUCAUAGUCUUUUUACUCUCCUUCAUGGGCACUUUUUUUCUAUUUAUAUCACCAAGUAGCCAACUGAGUUAAGUUGUCAGUACAAGUAUGUCAACUUUUUAAAAAAUGAAUUAAUGUAAAAUAACCAAACUUCAUGAGAAAUUCUAUCUUACCAGAGGCAAUUCAGCUUUGAAACCAAAUCUGUGUAUUUGAUACUAAUCUGUCUGUUUGUUUGUGGAUUUUGAGAAAUAUUUGCUAAACUACCCAAAUAGGAUUUCUGGUAUUAAAUGGCCUUUGGGUCCUAAAAGCUUUUUUUAA